UAUAAAACUGGUGAUAUGACAUGUGCUAAUCAGAUAUAACAAUUGGAAGAGAAACGUUGUCAAAUAUAUAACAUAAAAAAAUUAAAAUCAGAUUUUUAACAGGAUCUGUUUUCAGUGGAAAGAUGAAGUUUCAAGCAACUUGUGUUUUAUUUUGUCUCUGCUUGAUAGCUACUCUUGUAGAGCAAGGCAAAACAUCUUCCACACCUACAUCAGUCAUUGGAACAAGUCCUGGAGGCAGCUCUGGUUCAGGAACUAGUACGGGAAGUGGAUCAGGGACCGGUGGUGGUGGUGGAGGGUCUUCAGCUGUUCGUGUAAGCGGUGUCAUGGUUGCAUUGGCAGGAGUUCUUGCAUUCAUAUAUAACACCAAGGCAUCCUUCUAAAGGAUCCAAACGUUUUGUCAUACAUUUUAGAACUUGAUACUUGUUUGUGAGUUAUAAUGUCACAAUUCCUUCUGGGAUAUAUGAUGACGAAAUGUGUUCAUUUUCUAAUUACUUACAAUCACAUGUACUUGUAAUGCUUAUAUUAUUCUUCAUGUUACCAAACUCUAUCAUUAUAUUAUGACGGUAAAAGAUGACGAAAGCAACAACCAAGCGGUUGACUUUCUGAUUACCUGAAAACAAUGUAAACAUUAAAAAUAAAUAAAAUUGUG